AUGGUAGUUGAGUACACCAAGGUACACAAGUACGACAAUCGAUCUCCUCGCCAACUUUUGAAGCACUAUAGAGUGGUCGUUCCCUCUUCCCAAAUAGUACGAAACAUUCCGAUCGUAUACAUCCAUGGAGGUGCGUGGGUUGGGGAGUCUCAUACCUAUAAUGAGCUUGGACCACUGAUUGACAAGCUGGACUUGCAACUGAAUAAUGGUACUUACACAACUGAGCAGCAGGUCACUGAAAUCCAAUUCUUUGUUCUGGAUUAUAGGAUGUCUCCAGAAGUUGUUCAUCCUGACCAUAUUUUAGAUGUUUUACAUGCGUUGAGCUUUAUUCACAAACUAAACAUUAACAAAGUGUCUCUUAUAGGCCAUUCUGCCGGAUCCACUAUGUGUACCCAGAUACUGGAGUUCAAGACUUUCCUGGGCUUCUAUGGUAUUGAAUUCAGUUUAUCAGUUCCUGACAUCGACUCUAUUGUGUUUCUGGACGGUAUUUUCGACAUCCCCAAAAUGCUCGAAGAGUACCCUAGCUACCUGCAGGAAUUCGUGGAAAUUGCUUUCAAGUCGGAGCUAGACUGGUCAGAAAGGUGCAAUAUGGUCCACUACAAAAUGACAAGCGAUUUAAAAAGAGAGAUUAGGGAUAAGUUUAACUCCUUAAGAAAAACAAUUAUAGCCCACAGCACCAAAGAUGAGCUGCUCAGCACGACACAGCCCACGGAAUUUUGUAAGUGGCUUGAUCAGUUGCCGUAUACACACUACGAGUACAUCGUCCAGGAUAUGGGAAGACACAAUGAAACAUACGAAAGCGACGGUCUUGUCUCAAUUAUCAUACAGCAUUUAUUGCACUGA